CUUGCAGUCGGGUGUGUUGUUUUGCUCGCUCUGUUUCGAUCCGCAUAUCCAGAAGUGUUUAAUUUUGGGUUUUGAGUUUAUCUUUCUGCUACUAAAAUGGGUAACAAAUCAUCUCUCUUGUUGCGAGAGGAAGAAAUUGCCCAAAUUCACGAAGAAACUGGAUUUACUCCUAACCAAAUUGAACGACUGUACUCUCGAUUUACAUCGCUUGAUCGCAACGAUUGCGGAACACUUUCGCGGGAAGAUUUCCUGCGCAUUCCGGAGCUGGCCAUCAAUCCGCUGUGCGAGCGCAUCGUCCACUCGUUCUUUGCCGAUAGCAACGAUGAUCGUGUCAACUUCCGUCAGUUUACCCGUGUCCUUGCACACUUCCGACCGAUCAAGCCGAACAAGGAGAACCGGCUAAACAGUCGCGAAGAGAAGCUGCGUUUUGCGUUCAAGAUGUACGAUUUGGAUGACGAUGAAACGAUCUCGCGCGACGAGCUUCUCAACAUCCUGCAGAUGAUGGUAGGGGCGAACAUUAGCCAGGACCAGUUGAACAGCAUCGCCGAGCGCACGAUAAUGGAAGCGGACACUGUCGGUGGGGGCAAAAUUUCGUUCGAAGACUUUUGUCGCGCCUUGGAACGAACGGAAGUGGAGCAAAAGAUGUCUAUCCGCUUCCUCAACUAGAAGGGGACACGAACAUCCAAAUAAAAGAGAUGCGAAUGGUCUAUAAAACGCACCAGCGCGGCAUCGGUUGCUUCUUCCUCAUUCCUUUCUGUAGAUAUUAGUUAGAAAAUUUCUAGAGGCACAAAACUUAUUCUUUCCGUGGGGGACACCAUUAAACAAACACACUUAUUUGUCGGGUGAUUUGGGAAGGUGAAUGUAAAUAGGAAUCGCAUGAAUGGUAAUAAAGAUGGAUUGCUA